AUGUCUUUGGAGGUGGAAUCCGCAGACGUGAUCCGUCUGAUUAUGCAGUACUUGAAGGAGAAUAAUCUGCACCGGACUCUGGCCACGCUGCAGGAGGAGACCACAGUGUCUCUGAACACUGUGGACAGUAUAGAGAGCUUUGUGGCAGACAUAAACAGCGGCCACUGGGAUACAGUCCUGCAAGCCAUCCAGUCCCUCAAGCUGCCAGAUAAGACCCUGAUAGACCUUUAUGAACAGGUGGUGUUAGAGCUGAUCGAGCUGAGAGAGUUGGGUGCAGCCCGUUCACUCCUCAGACAGACCGACCCUAUGAUCAUGCUGAAACAGACGCAGCCAGAGAGAUACAUCCACCUGGAGAACCUGCUGGCUCGCUCUUACUUCGAUCCCAGAGAGGCGUAUCCAGAUGGCAGCAGUAAGGAGAAGCGCCGGGCCGCUAUCGCCCAGGCCCUGGCCGGGGAGGUCAGUGUGGUGCCACCCUCUCGUCUCAUGGCUCUGCUGGGACAGUCUCUGAAGUGGCAGCAGCAUCAGGGCCUCCUGCCUCCUGGUAUGACUAUCGACUUGUUUAGGGGUAAAGCUGCCGUUAAAGAUGUGGAAGAGGAGCGCUUCCCCACCCAGCUCGCCAGACACAUCAAGUUUGGACAGAAAUCUCACGUGGAGUGUUCCAGAUUCUCCCCUGAUGGUCAAUACCUGGUCACUGGUUCUGUGGACGGCUUCAUCGAGGUCUGGAACUUCACCACUGGCAAAAUCAGAAAGGAUCUGAAAUACCAGGCUCAGGAUAACUUCAUGAUGAUGGACGAUGCAGUGUUGUGUAUGUGCUUCAGUCGAGACACAGAGAUGUUGGCCACUGGAGCCCAGGAUGGAAAAAUCAAGGUGUGGAAGAUCCAGAGUGGUCAGUGUCUGAGGAGGUUUGAACGUGCCCACAGUAAAGGAGUAACAUGCGUCAGUUUCUGUAAAGACAGCAGCCAGCUCCUCAGUGCCUCCUUCGACCAGACCAUCAGAAUCCAUGGACUGAAGUCGGGUAAAACCCUUAAGGAGUUCCGCGGCCACGCCUCAUUUGUGAACGAGGCCACCUUCACUCCAGACGGCCACCACAUCAUCAGUGCUUCCUCGGACGGUACAGUCAAGGUGUGGAACAUGAAGACCACUGAGUGCUCCAACACCUUCAAGCCUCUGGGCACGUCAGCCGGCACCGACAUCACAGUCAACAACGUCAUCCUGCUGCCUAAGAACCCAGAGCACUUUGUAGUGUGUAACCGCUCCAACACUGUGGUCAUCAUGAAUAUGCAGGGACAGAUCGUGAGGAGUUUCAGCUCUGGUAAGAGGGAAGGUGGAGACUUUGUGUGCUGCACUCUGUCGCCCCGCGGUGAGUGGAUCUACUGCGUGGGUGAGGACUUUGUACUCUACUGCUUCAGCACCGUCACCGGCAAGCUGGAGAGAACGCUUACGGUCCAUGAGAAGGAUGUAAUCGGCAUCGCCCACCACCCCCACCAGAACCUCAUCAGCACCUACAGUGAGGAUGGUCUGCUGAAACUCUGGAAGCCUUGAGGUGUUGUUCCCAAACUGAGAUUGGAUGUUCUCACACAGUACCUGCUCUCCUCACUCUGGACACUGCCCUGCCCAUUUUAUUUGCUUUGUGUCAUCACUGGGGGGGUCGUGGUUUUGUUAUGUUAAUGAUCUCAAUAACACCAGCUGCAAGUUUUUUGAAAAUGUGUACAGGAGCUUUAAGUUUGUUUUUUUUACAUUAAAGCUGUACAGCUGAAUAUUAUCAACUAAUGUCAGUUUAGGUGUUUGCACAGUAGAACCUCAGUUAGCUUAACCCGUAAGUCUGAGAAACUGUUGUCAGUUUGUCCAACAAAUAAAUGAUUUUAUGUGUAUUUUACAAAGCAACAUUGUUUGCUUUACAAAUAUGCUAUUUAUAAAUCUGUAGGAGUUGGUGUCAUGCUGUUUGAGUAGUGGAUAGGAAUUUGGGGGGUAAAAGGUGCUUCCAUGUUUGUCGAGAUUUCAAAAAGAUCUGUUUCAUUCAUUCAUCCAUGAUAUUGUUUCAGUUACAAUAAAUAAGGUUCUGCUGUUCAACACCUCAGCUUUACAGACAUUCAGUAACUUCUCUUUCUUUAAACUUCAGAUACAGUAGGGGAGUUGUCAAAUGUUCGCAGUGAGAGACUCCGUUCUUGUUUUGAAAAUUCCACUUUUUUGUAAAUAUAUUUUUUAUUAGCAAUUUUGUUUUUCCAAGAAGACCUGGUUAAAUAGUUUUGUUUGUGUUUUUCCCCCUUCUUUUUAAGUUCCAACAAGAAUUGAAUGGCAUCACACCCAAAUUCCUUUUUUAUAUAUAUACAUAUUUUGUUUGCUGAAAUAAUUAUAAUAAAAGUUAUUUCAACAUAGAGAAUCAAAUCAUACAUUAAAUUUAUUGUCAGGAAUUUUCCAGACUGAGUACAUGCAUUGAGUGAGUCUUUCCUUGCUGCAAGUACACAUUUCCCAUUAAUAUGUCUCGUCUGUGCCAUUAAAGCUUUUUAACCAGAA